AUGGCACCAACUAUCCCCAUAGAUUACACCGGGCGCAGAGAAUCGACACAGUUCUCCAAGAGGCGGAAUGGGAAUAUGAUGGGGAAAACUAGGAAAGUUUCCAAGGGCAAUUCAACUGGCUUUGUCCCGGAUUAUCGGUAUGCAGUCGAGACGGUGGCCGAGUCAGAAAGUUUUGUCAGCUCUGGCCGAGCUGAUGUGGAAUUGGCUGCUUCUGAGGACCCAUGUGCUCCGUAUAGGAAGUACAUCAGCUUGAACAUGGAUGGUUUUGAUAGAUCAGUUGUGUCGACUCAGCUUUUUUCUCUAUCUAUGAUAUCACCUUUUGAGAGGAGGGAUUUUCAGAUUAGGUUUAAGAGUGAGCUUGAUAAAGUCUUAAAGCUUCAAAGGAAAUUAGCUUCUUUCAGCUCAAAUGUGUCGGCCCAUCAGCCGGGUACUGUUGUCGAUACGCAUCAAUACGGGCCGAAAGUAAAUGCUAUGAUGGAAACUUUGCCCGUGUCUUCAGGGAAGAAAAAACUCCAUCCCGGAAGAAAUAAAGGUGGACCUGUGGCAGCUAAUAAAAGAAACGAGCUUGUGAAGCAGCAAAGUUUUACGAAGAGUACUGGUUUUGUCAUGUUGAUGAAGCAGUGCGAUGCAUUGUUAACUCGGCUAAUGGGACAUCAACUAGCUUGGAUUUUUAAUGAGCCAGUUGACAUUGUAAAACAUAAUAUCCCAGAUUACUUCAAUGUUAUUAAGCAUCCAAUGGAUUUAGGGACGGUGAAAAGUAAGUUACUUUCGAAUCAAUAUAGCAGCCCAAUGGAUUUUGCUGCCGACGUUAGACUCACAUUCAGGAAUGCCAUGACUUAUAACCCAGUCGGACAUACUGUCCAUAGUAUGGCUGAUGCAAUGAGUAAAUACUUUGAAACGAGAUGGAAAUCAAUCGAGAAGAAGAUUUCAUCCAAAGCAGAGGAAUGUGCGCCUACAAAAUCAAGUGUCAUUAUGGAAACUGAGAGUGCUUAUGUGCCUCCUGUUAAGAAGCAGAAAACCACUUCUAUAGAAAGCAAUGUCAGGCAUGAGACAGAGAAACGGGUGAUGAGUGAUGAUGAGAGACAGAAACUGGGUACCGACCUGGAGGAAUAUCUGGCCGAAUUGCCAGAUAAUAUUGUCAGUUUUCUGAAAGAGAGCACUUUAAAUAGUAGUCGAGUAAGUGAGGAUGAGAUUGAAAUUGAGUUGGAUUCUCUUGGUGAUGAAAUUCUGUUCAGAUUGCGGGAACUUUUGGAUGAUUUUCUUAUGCAGAGGCAGAAAAGACAACCCGAGACUUGUAAAAUUGAGAUGCAAAAGGAAUCUGGGUUUGACAGUUCAUCUAACCAACCUUGCCAAGUAUAUGAGCCAGCUGACGAAGAUGUGGAUAUUGGUAUAGAUGUUGAGCCACCUGCAUCCAGUUAUCUGUUAAGUAAAACUGAUGCGGAUGCUGCACGGAGUAACAAUAAGUGCAGCAGUUCAAGGAACUCAGAUACAGAAGCCGAUUCUGGUCGUUCUGCCUGUGAAAUAAAUGAUGACAAGAAGUCAGUUCUUGCAACUUCUUUAAAUGGAAUUGCGGAUGCUGUUGUAAAGAAGGAGCACCGUCAAUUAAGGGAGGGUCCAAAUAGUGGAGAUAAGCGAAAUACAGCAUCAAACCCUUCAUCAUCUAUCGAGCCGCAUUAUAACCGAGAGGGGGAGGGUGCUCCACAAGAAAGGCAAGUCUCCCCUGACAAGCUGUACCGAGCUGCUCUAUUGAGAAGCAGAUUCGCUGACAUUAUACUCAAAGCUCAAGAAAAUGAGAAGGGAGAAGGACCUGAUCCCGAUAAACUGAAGCUCGAUAAAGAAGAGCUUGAAAGGCGGAGGAAAGAAGAGAAAGCUCGAUUGCAAGCUGAGGCCAAAGCUGCAGAGGAGGCUAGGAAAAAGGCCGAGGCUGAAGCUGCAGCAGAAGCCAAAAGGAAAAGAGAACUUGAAAGGGAAGCUGCACGUGAAGCUUUGCUCAAGAUGGAGAAGACCGUUGAAAUUAACGAGUGCAGCCAAUUUAUGGAAGAUCUGGAGAUGUUCAGGUCUGGACAAGAUGAGCCAUUGCAAAGCUUCAUAGAGGCGGCAAGCCCUGAAAAUUCUCAAAAUGGCCUUGGUAGUUUUAAGUUUCAAACAAGCAGUAAUCCACUUGAGCAACUUGGGCUGUAUAUGAAGAAUGAUGACGAUGAGGAAGAAGAAAUCGAACCUCACAGUAAUUUGGAUGCUUCAAAUGAUCCGGAAGAAGGAGAAAUCGAUUGA